UACUCGUUGCAUUUUAAGAACACUCAUGGCUUCUAUUGCCGGAUCCAAUUGUGUCGCUCUUCGAACCGCCAACUUUGCCGCCUCUGGUAACCGGAAAGUCUGUCAGAUCCGGCAAUGGUCUCCGGUUCUCACGAAUCACCGUUCCGUUUCCGGUCUUCGUCACCAAUCGAAUGCUCCGUUUAGAUACUCUGGUGUGAGAGCGCAGGUUGCUACUCUGAAGGAAGCGGGAAGUGGAGCAACUCAGAAAGUGGAAGCGCCAGUUGUAGUGGUGACUGGAGCUUCUAGAGGCAUUGUAUGAUUACUUUUUAAAAAUUAAUU